AGCCUCCCGUGCGAAGUUCACCGGACGUAGCAGGUUUCACAAUGGUGAAAGUGCUGUGCGUGCUCUACGAUGACCCCCAGCGCUCUACAAGCACGCCCACUGCACGGAGCGAGCUGCCACAUCUCAGCCGCUAUCCGGACGGCCAGACGACACCGACACCCUCCAAGGUGGACUUUGUGCCUGGAGAGCUCCUAGGGUCUGUCUCCGGAAAGUUGGGCUUGGCCAAGUUUCUGGAAGGCCAUGAUUUCGUGGUAACGUCAUCGAAGGAUGGUCCUGACUCGGUCUUCGAACAGCACUUGCCGACGGCCGAUGUCGUGAUUUCGCAACCCUUCUGGCCGGCUUACAUGAGCACGGAGCGCAUUGCCAAAGCGAAGAACCUGAAACUGUGCAUCACCGCAGGCAUUGGCUCCGACCACGUCGACCUGGAGGCGGCGGCCAAGGCAAACAUUACAGUGGCCGAGGUGACUUACUGCAACUCCAUCUCUGUGGCAGAGCACGUGGUGAUGUUGAUCCUGAACCUUGUGAGGAACUUUGUGCCGUCGCAUGAGAUUGCGACCUCGGGUGGUUGGCACAUUGCGGACUGUGUCUCAAGGGCUUAUGACCUCGAAGGCAUGCAGGUGGGCACCGUGGGUGCCGGGCGGAUUGGCCUGGCGGUGCUCCGGCGGCUAAAACCCUUCGACACCAAACUGCAUUACUUUGAUCAGCAUCGGCUGUCAGCAGCGGUGGAGGAGGAGUUGAAUCUCAGGUACCACAACUCUGUGGAAUCCCUCGUGAGAAUCUGCGACGUGGUCACCAUCAACUGCCCUCUUCACCCCAAGACCGAGCACCUCUUCAACAAGGAGCUGAUCGCGUCCAUGAAGCCCGGCUCCUACCUCAUCAACACGGCUCGCGGGAAGGUCUGCGAAGCGCAGGCGGUGAAAGAGGCCUGCGAAACAGGGCAGCUCGCAGGCUACGCCGGGGACGUGUGGUUCCCACAGCCGGCGCCGAAUGACCACCCUUGGCGCUCCAUGCCCAACAACGCCAUGACGCCUCACGUGUCUGGCACCAGUUUGUCCGCACAGGCGCGCUACGCGGCAGGGGUCCGAGAGAUCUUGGAGUGUUUCCUGGAAGGCAGACCCAUUCGUGAGGAGUACCUCAUCGUGCAGGGCGGCGGGCUGGCUGGAACCGGAAAGCACAGCUACACUGAAGGCAACACCACGGAAGGUUCCGAUGAAGCGGUGCACUUCGACAAGGACGAAGCCCUUCAGGAAGGGCCACCAGUGAAGAUGCAAAAGGUUGUGACCGGAGGCUGCUGACUGGGCCCUGCCCAGACGUUUAAGAGGUUCAUCAAUAAGGGGUUCUUUGAAACAAAAGCUAGACGAGA